CCCUCACCUCACUUCCGACUCGGACGUCCGUUGCAGUCUCCGUCUGCGUCGCAGGUCCAGCUCAUCUGUCAAACGGCUACCCAAACGCCACCGGAAUACACACUCAGGCGUCUCCUCCAAGUCCCAACAUCUCAGUUCAUCCGGUUCACGGAACUGCUGAAGUUAUAAAUCCCGGUCUACCCUGAAAUCAUCUUGCCAGCGUAGCACUCCAUCCCGUACUUGGACCGCUACACUUCCUCUUGCUUGCGACCGACCAUGGCACUCGUUCUCCCGCUUGAACUCGCGCGCCCGCUUGACGUGCUCCUGAUUGACAACUUCGACUCCUUCACCUGGAACAUCUACCAGUCCCUCUGUCUCCUCGGCGCACAGGUCACCGUCAUCCGGAACGACGCGAUCUCCCCGGCCGCGUUCCCGCUGCUGAAGAUCAACUCGCUCAUCAUCUCGCCCGGACCUGGACAUCCCGCUACGGACUCGGGCAUCUCGUGCGAGGCGAUCAGGUUCUUCACCGGGAAGGUGCCUGUGUUGGGCGUGUGCAUGGGGCUCGAGUGUCUCGUGGACGUGUUUGGGGGCCAUAUCGGCUACGCCGGAGAGACUAUGCACGGCAAAGUCAGCGCCAUCCGACACGACGGCCGGGGCUGCUUCAAGGAUAUUCCCCAGGGCAUCAAAUCUACUCGCUACCAUUCGCUCAGCGCGUCCUCGAGCACACUCCCGGCCGAGCUUGCUAUCACCGCGAUUACCCAGGAGAGCGGCGUCAUCAUGGGUGUCCGCCACCGCAAGUACACUCUCGAAGCGGUACAGUACCACCCGGAGAGUAUCCUCUCCGAGGGUGGCGACCUGCUCCUCAAGAACUUUCUUUCUAUCCGGGGCGGCACCUGGGACGGCAACCCAGCAUACCGCGUCACCGAGGGUUCCCUGCCUGCGUUCGGCCUCGAUGGCAUUGCGAGCGUGGUCGAGACCAAUGGCAGCGCCAACGGGCACGCGAGCGGGAGCACAAGCUCCAAGGUGCCGACUAUCCUCGAGAAGAUCUACGCGCAGCGAACGAAGGACGUCGAGCUCGCAAAGAAGACACCCGGGACGACACCCGAAGACCUCGAUACGCUGCUCUCGCUCAAUAUCGCCCCCGCCCCGGUUUCGUUCGUUCAGCGGCUCAAACAGUGCCCAAAGAAGCCCGCGCUCAUGGCCGAGAUCAAGCGCGCCAGCCCGUCGAAGGGCCCGAUCGCAAUGACCACGAACGUAGCCCAGCAAGCUCUGACGUACGCCCUGUCCGGGGCGUCCGUCAUCUCCGUGCUCACCGAGCCGACCUGGUUCAAGGGCACGCUGCUGGACAUGCGCCUCGCGCGGCAGGCCAUCGACGCGCUCCCGUACCGUCCGGCAGUGCUCCGCAAAGACUUCAUCUUCGACGAGUACCAGAUCGCAGAGGCGCGUUUGCAUGGCGCAGACAGCGUGCUGCUCAUCGUUGCGAUGCUGCCCGUACCGCGUCUGCACGCGCUAUACGAGUACUCGCGGUCGCUCGGCAUGGAGCCCCUUGUGGAAGUGAACAAUGCGCGCGAAAUGGAGGCCGCCCUGGCGCUCGGCGCGAAGGUCAUCGGCGUGAACAACCGCAACCUGCACGACUUCCAAGUGGACAUGGGAACGACGAGCCGGCUUGUGGAUAUGGUCCGCGAGCGCGAUGUCGUGCUCUGUGCGCUUAGCGGCAUCCAGAGUGCGGAUGACGUCCGCACGUACACCGAGCAGGGCGUCGGCGCUGUGCUGGUUGGGGAGGCGUUGAUGCGCGCGAAGGACACCCAGGCGUUCAUCCGCCAGCUCCUCGACUGGCCCGAGCCCGAGGACGCGAAGGGCAAGGCCGUUGAGGCUGCCCCGCCGCUGGUGAAGAUCUGUGGCAUCCGCACGGAGGAAGAGGCUCUCACCGCGAUCGAGGCAGGCGCGGACAUGCUAGGGCUCAUGUUCGUAUCCUCGAGUAAGCGGCACGUCUCGCUGCAGCAGGCGCAGAAGAUCUCGGCGGUCGUCCACGGGCAUCGCCUUGCGCGCCCGCCACACGCCACCGCCGUCGAAGCCCCCGCUGCGGCGGCGCAGCUCAAGAACGAGCCGUGGUUCACCGCACACGCGCGCCGACUCUCCGCCGCGCUUGCCGGCGAAUCUUCCGCCCGGCCACUCGUCGUGGGUGUGUUCCAGAACCAGUCGCUCGAGACGAUCCUGCAGGCGGUCGCGGACGCGCAGCUCGACAUGGUGCAGCUGCACGGGUCGGAGCCGAAUGGGUGGGCGCGUCAUAUCCCAGUGCCGACCGUGCGCGUGUUCCACGUUGACGCGGACGGGAACGGACUCGAGGGCAUCACGCGCUCCGGCGCGCACGAGUUCGUGCUGCUCGACGCGGUACCGCGGGGGAGCGCGAACGGGCUGAGCGGCGGCACGGGGUCGCGGAUAGACCUGGAGCUUGCGAAGGGUGUUGUGGAGAAGGGUGAGGUUGGGACUGGGGAGACGCUACCGAUCAUCCUGGCUGGGGGACUCACGCCGAGCAACGUGAAGGAGGUCGUUGCGACUGUGAGGCCGUGGGCGGUGGAUGUGAGCGGGGGCGUUGAGAAGGCGGAUGGGUCUGGGAAGGACCCUGAAAAGGUUAAGGCGUUUGUGGCCGCUGCGAAGGCGUUGUAG